AUGGACAACCAAAAUCAGCAGCUAAAAUCCGGAAACAACUCCUCACUACAGUUUAACGUGGAGGAAAUAGACGAAGAUUUACGGAAAAGAGUAAUUGCGACCCUUCACGCGAACAUAGUCAAAACUACUCCAAAUGAAGAUAAAGCAACAUGUUUUGCGCGUGCAAAAACUCUUGAAGAUACUAUAUAUAAGAUUGCUAAGAGUAAAGCGGAGUAUCAGAAUCUUUUAGUAAAUAAAUUAAUGGAGAUGAAUCCUCAAUAUGCUAUGCAGCAACAACAAAAUGCUACGGGACCAAGCUGUUGCUCAACAACAACGAUUACAGCGUAA